GACCCCUCCUCUAUUUCAUCUUCCCCCAAGUCAAGGCAACAUUCUUCCCGAAAUCUCCCUCCCCUGCCAUGGAAACUUAGCCCCGCUUCUUCCCAUAAUGCCCCUCCUCCCCCGCCGCCUCCCCCAUCUCCGCUUCAGCUUCAUGGGCACUGUAAAGUGCUCCGCCGGCGGAACCCUAGCCCCAAUUCCCCGGCAACUCCUCUGCCCACGACUCCUAUCGACAAAUUUGCGAAAACCCCCCUCUAGAACCGUUCUAUUUGCGCUCAGGUCCAAUGGAGUCCGCUCCCCUCGUCAGCUCUCGCUUACGACUACUAGUAGAGAUGUUCAUCUUGCAGCACUGGAUGCUGAAGUGGAUAUUGACAAGCGACUCAAACUCCUGCGAGAAAAACUGGAGGAACUUGGUUUCGAACAUGACGAUUGCAAGCCUGGACAAUAUUACCAUAAGACAUGCCCGAAGUGUAAAGGAGGCGAGUCAAAGGAGAAAAGCUUUUCCAUUUUCAUCCGAGAAGAUGGAAGGGGAGCAAUGUGGAGAUGCUUCAGAGGAAAAUGUGGUUGGAGUGGUUGUAUACAGGAUGGCAAGAUGCUCAAUGUUGGCUCAAGUCAAACAUUGAAAAGUAAGGGAUACAGAGUACUCACAGAAGAGGACCUCCAGCUAGAGCCGCUGAGUGAAGAGGUCCUUGCAUAUUUAAAGGAGAGAAUGAUAUCAGCUGAAACACUUCGAAGAAAUGGUGUCAUGCAACGUCGCUGGCACAAUCAGACAGUUAUUGCUUUUCCUUACAGAAGGAAUGGAACACUUGUCAGCUGCAAGUACCGGGGCAGUGACAAAAAGUUCUGGCAGGAAUCUGACACGGAAAGGAUAUUUUAUGGGCUUGAUGACAUAAGAAAUGCUACUGAUAUCAUCAUAGUGGAAGGUGAAAUGGAUAAGCUUGCCAUGGAAGAAGCUGGAUACCGUAAUUGUGUUAGUGUUCCUGAUGGAGCGCCUGGAAAGGUCUCCAAAGAUGUACCAGAUCAAGACAAGGACACAAAGUUUCAGUAUUUAUGGAACUGCAAAGAGUAUCUAAACAAGGCAUCUCGUAUAAUUCUAGCAACGGAUGCUGAUGCCCCUGGACAAGCUUUAGCGGAAGAACUAGCAAGACGCCUUGGUAAAGAAAGAUGCUGGAGGGUCACUUGGCCAACAAAAACUGGUACUGGAGUUUGCAAGGAUGCAAAUGAGGUGCUUAUGUAUAAAGGAGCAGGUGCGCUGAGGGAAGUUAUUGAGAAUGCUGAGUUGUAUCCCAUACGAGGCCUCUUUAACUUCAGCAGUUUCUUCCAUGACAUCGAUGAUUAUUACUAUUGCAGAAAUGGGUAUGAGCGUGGUGUUUCCACUGGUUGGAGAGCUUUGAAUGACUUGUACAAUGUUGUGCCUGGAGAGUUAACUGUGAUAACAGGUGUGCCAAAUUCGGGCAAAAGUGAGUGGAUUGAUGCAUUGUUGUGCAAUAUCAAUAAAAGUGAAGGAUGGUCCUUUGCCCUCUGCUCGAUGGAAAACAAGGUUCGGGAGCAUGCAAGGAAGCUUUUGGAGAAACACAUUGGGAAACCAUUCUUCGAUGCUAGCUAUGGAGGAUCAGCUGAACGCAUGACUGAAACUGAGUUAAUACAAGGGAAAGAAUGGCUGAACAGAACUUUUCAUCUCAUUCGUUUCGAAGAAUCCGUACUUCCGGAACUUUGGCUUUUUUACCACACCCUCUGCCAUACCCGUGGACUUGUGAUCGAUCCGUACAAUGAACUGGAUCACCAGCGGCCUCCAAAUCAGACAGAGACUGAGUAUGUGAGUCAGAUGCUAACCAAGAUCAAACGUUUUGCUCAACAUCAUUCAUGUCAUGUAUGGUUUGUUGCGCAUCCCAGACAGCUUCAACAAUGGGGAGGUGGUGCACCAAAUCUGUAUGAUAUUAGUGGAAGUGCACAUUUUAUCAAUAAAUGUGAUAAUGGUAUUGUCAUUCAUCGGAACCGGGAUGAAAAAGCCGGGCCUCUUGACCGCGUUCAGGUUUGUGUACGCAAGGUACGAAAUAAGGUAAUAGGGAAUAUUGGAGACGCUUUCUUAUCAUAUGACCGGAUUACCGGAAAGUUUAUGGAUUUAGACGAUGACGCCCGAAGUAAGUAGAUUUAGCACAAUACUUAAAAAAAAAAGACCAUGUCGGAUAUGUUCGUGAGAGAGCCACCUAACGGUAUACAGUACGAUACAAAAAGAACAGGAUCUUUAACGAUGUAUCUUCAGAGCUUGCUGUGUACUUAAGAUUGCAGCAGUUUUACAUCCAGUUUGAGUGUGUAGUGGUCGGUGUCACCAACCAUAUGUAUGCUCAUCGGUAUGAAUCAAAUGUUAAUAUUAUUUUUUUCGAGAUUCUUUUUUGUUACUCAAUUUUACAUGAGUUCCAUUGUUAGUGCUGUGUAUGGGAUAGUUUCUCCGUCAUUCUUGGUUUCACUCUGAAAGUUGUUAAUUUCGUAGUACUGUUGUUCGAAACUAUGGCAAGGAAACGAAUAUUUCUAAUAA